AUGGCUGAUGAAGAUGUUAGGAAGUCUUUACUUUCGUCUACCAAUGAUUCAUUAAAUCUCAAAGAGACAAAGGCCAUUCAAAGAAGAAAGUCUCAUCACCGGUCAAAGGGUCCUUCAGAGAAAGAAUCUCAAGAGCAAGAAAAGGUGUUGCAGCCUCUUAUAAACGUUGAACCAACAUUUGUAGGAUUAGAGUUUAGGAUCAAGUAUGUGUUAUUGUUGUUGGCCUUGUAUCUAGGUAUAGGCACCCUUUGGUUUUUCCUUAUCAAGAACCAGAUUUAUGGUAAGAAAACCAAUGGGGUCAUAGAUGCUAUUUACUUCUGUGUUGUGACAAUGACCUCAGUGGGAUACGGGGACCUUGUACCCCACAGCACAUUGGCUAAGAUACUUUCCUGCAUUUAUGCCUUCACUGGUGUGGCUCUUGUUGGUUUAAUUCUAAGUAAUGCAGCUGAUUACAUUGCGGAAAAGCAGGGAAUUCUCUUGGUUAAAUCCAUGCUUAAGAACGAAAAGUUCAAUACAGCUGAGGUACUUAUGGAUGUUGAAACCAACAGAGACAAAUAUAAAUUCUUGAUGACGUCACUGCUACUUGUGGUGCUUAUAAUUUCUGGGAUCAGCUUCUUAAUUCUAGUUGAAGGAAUGGAAUUCAUUGAUGCUUUUUACUGUGUAUGUUCCACAAUGACCACCCUUGGGUAUGGGGAUAAAAGUUUUUCAACACAAGAGGGACGUAUGUUUGCUAUUUUGUGGAUACUGAGCAGCACGAUUUGCUUAGGUCAGUUCUUUCUCUAUCUAGCAGCGCUAUACACUGAGAAAAGGCAAAGAUCACUGGUUAAAUGGGUUCUUAAUAGAAAGCUAACUCCUUCAGACCUUGAGGCAGCAGAUAUGGAUCACGAUGAGGUAGUAAGUUCUGCAGAGUUCAUAUUAUAUAAGCUGAAGGAAAUGGGAAAGAUUUGCCAGGAUGACGUUUUGCUAUUGAUGGAAAGGUUCAAAGAUCUUGAUGUUGAUCACUCGGGAACUUUGACUACAGAUGAUUUGAUUUUGUCCUAACACCUACACCACAAAUUCUGAUAAAACUGACUCUUAACUAGUUUACCACUGUAAUUAUCAAAGUUAUUGAUCAAGAAUUCCAUGGAUAUUCUUUAACAUUUAAA